AGGGAGUUAGACUAGCGUAGAUAAUUAUAAGAAAUAGAUUCAAUGGAAGUGUAACUUAUUGUGCAAUAUUUUACUCCUUGGUUCAGUAAAAUAAAAGCGGUGCAUAACAUUUAAAAGCAGUUUAAAAUAUCAAGGCAUUUUAUUUAAGCGCUACAGACUGUAAUCAUGCCUCAAAAUGAGUAUAUGGAUCGUCACAGAAAGCUGUACGGAAGGCGGCUUGAUUACGAAGAGCGUAAACGUAAAAAGGAAGCACGUCUUCCUAAAGAGAGAGCCCGUAAAGCGCGGAAGUUACGCGGAAUCAAAGCAAAAUUGUUUAAUAAGGAGCGUCGAAAUGAAAAGAUUCAAAUUAAAAAAAAUAUUCAGGCACAUGAGGAGAAAAAACUGAAGAAACAAGAUGAGAAGGUUGAGGAUGGAGCUUUACCGCAUUAUCUGCUUGACAGGGGAGUCCAGUCAAGUGCUAAGGUGCUGUCCAAUAUGAUCAAGCAGAAACGCAAGGAAAAAGCUGGAAAGUGGGACGUGCCCAUACCUAAAGUUCGCGCUCAGUCAGAUGCUGAAGUGUUCAAGGUUCUAAAGACUGGAAAAACAAAGCGCAAAGCAUGGAAGCGAAUGGUUACAAAAGUGACAUUUGUGGGAGAGAAUUUUACUCGAAAACCACCUAAAUUUGAACGUUUUAUUCGACCAAUGGGACUGCGAAUGAAAAAAGCACAUGUGACCCAUCCAGAGUUAAAAGCAACCUUCCAUUUACCUAUUAUCGGUGUUAAGAAAAAUCCAAGUUCACCAAUGUUUACAUCGUUGGGUGUCAUUACCAAAGGCACUGUAAUAGAAGUUAAUAUCUCUGAGCUGGGAUUGGUGACACAAACUGGAAAAGUAGUGUGGGGAAAAUAUGCACAAGUUACAAACAACCCAGAAAAUGAUGGUGUUAUUAAUGCAGUACUUCUGGUUUAGUGGAUCAAGAAAUAUCUUUUUAAACUUAAAUUUUGCCAAUAAAUCCAGAUCUAGACAAAA